AGCUUUGUAUGAAUACAGUAAUGCGCAUCUUAAUUUAGGCGGGAAAGUGUACUUCAUUUUUUGUCAACAUGUCUUAUCUAUUUGUAACUUUAAUGUUUCGUGAUAGUCCGAAACUAGUUUCAGUGAUUUAAUCAAUGGAGGGCGCGGCGACGCCUGAGACGGGGCGUCGCACCCGGGCCGCUCUCGCCGAAAUCCCGACGCGCCUGGACCGUCUCCGCGUCACACCGCUCCAGCCCGUCACCAACUUGCGUGAGCUGUCGCCAGCGCUGCCUCCGAGCUACCUCAGCCCGGCGCCCUCGCCCGACGAACUGUGUAUACAGCAGCGAGGGAGAAAACGACAACCAGUAACAUGGUCUCCUGAUAUAGACACCAAACGGAACUCAACAUUCCAUUCUACUAUUCGGACUCCACCGAAGAACUCUCCGGGUCGUACUUCACCUCCUAAACUUGGAGUGACUCUUCGUUCUACGCCAAGAAAACGUCUAUUGCUUGGCGAAACCGAACGUAUACCUUUAACACCUGAAAAGAUUGACUUUAGCGAUCUUAGCACACCACAAAAAUUUAAAAUAACCAGCCCUAUUAAAGGUACACCGCCAGUCAAAAGAUUCAGAUUAGACAAAACCGUGGAAGAGUUCAGAGGUCCGAUAGAUGUUGCUCUAAAAGGUCUCAGUCCAACCCAACUUGUGAACAUGAUCAAACGUAUAACUCAGCAUCAUCCAGAAAUAGAACAAGAAAUAAGAAGAGAAAUGCCAACGCCAGAUCUUGCACCCUUAGAAGAGAAACUAAGCUAUUUAAAGUCAAAUAUAUUUAAGAGUCUACCAACAUCGAGACUUACUUCUAAAACUGAUUCACCAGCUUUCUCACGUGCAUCCACACAUUUGGCUGCAUUCAAAAAGUGUUUAAUUGAGCAAGGGAAGAUAUUAAUCGACUCACAGCAAUGGGAAUCUGUUGUAAAAUACGUAUUUCUUGCUUGGAGUUACGUAAGAGCAACACCGGUGUGGGAUAACCAGCCGCAUAAUGUUCAUAGAAAGCAGUGUUUUAAGGCUUUGAUUAACUUCUGCAUGACGUCAUUGAAAAAAGGUUCUUUAAAUAAGGAUAUAUUAAUAGAUACACAGGACAAGUUGCAGGAUUUAGUAGCAGAUAGCGAAGAAGUACAGUCAUGCAUAAAACUUAUACAAGGAAGACUUCAAGAUUAUCUUUAAAUGUUCUGUUAGACUCAAUUAUAGAUAAUUUAGACAUAUUUAAAAUCAUUUCAGUAUACAUACUCAGUGAAAAUUUCUAGUUCAUUUAAUACUUUUUAAAACCUUAAGAUAAUUAACAGAUAAUUAAAAUUAAUUACAAAUAUAACUUCUGAUUUGAUUUUUAAUAGAAAAUAUAUACCAAAUUAGUUUAUUUUAAAUCAACUUUUAAACAGUUUUAAAUCAAGAUGAACUAUUGGAGAAUCAAAUUUUUGUCAUCACAUAAUCUGCAUUUAGAAAAGUUUUACUUUUAUGAAAUUUUUUGGGUCAUUAAUUAUCAAACUACUAGCUGUCGCCCGCGACUUUGACCGCUCUCAAUUAAAAAGCUUCAUUAGCAGUCUAUGUGUUUCAAAUAUGUAUGUCAAAUUUUGUUGUGAUCUAUUGGACAUUUCUGCAGAUAUUUUCUAACAAACAUCCAUCCAUACAUACAUACAAAAGUUAGCAUUUACAAUAUUAGUAAGAUUAGACUGUAAGUUUUAUGAUAUAUAUUUCGAUUUGUAUGUGCUGGUUUUGCAUGUCCGUCUUCUUUCAGAUGUCUAUGGAUUUAACCAUAGAAUCAGUUUAUAACUAUUAUGAUUUUCCUUAAAUUCUAUGUAUGAUGUAUGUUUUGUUUGUAUUGCAAUGCGUUUUGUUUACCGAAACAUCAACAUCAUCAUGGAUGAAUUUUUUGUAUGUCAAAAAAACCCCGCAAAAUUAUUUGGGUAACAAUAAUUAUAUUACUUUCUGAAGCAAUUUUCUGUCACAGUACUGUCGUUGAUUGUACUGUUUAAUCACAUUUUUAAAUUAAUUUUUGACUAUUGAUUUCUUUACAAUCAUGUUAUUAAAAUUGCAAAUAUAGUGGUAUUUAAUUUGUCUAACAUAUUUUUCGGGUACUUAUUUUCUUCGUGACUGUACAUUUGAAGGCUUUUAGUGUAAUAGAGAAAAGUUCAAUACUAAGUGGUACAAUCGUAAACAAAGUUUUCUAUUUUUGAAUUUUUACACUUUGUAAGUCGUCUUUUAUAAGUCGUUUUAAGAAUAUUGUGCCUUAAAAUCUUUGAACAUGUAAUGAUGCUUUAAACGUAUUGUCAUAAACAUUGCUUGAUGUCAA